AUGGAGGAGGAGGAGGGGAUCUGCAGGCGGCUCCCGGACUCUACCAUUCCGGGAUCCGCAGUCCGUGUCCGGAGCCGGUUUAAACUCGGGCUAUGGGUGUUCCCGAAUAUUUCACGCGUGCCACGGAUCCCUGACCAGCCCGCGGGCGUGGGCGUGGGCCGUGCCGUGGGCUGUCCCGCACGGCGGCCCGGGCAGGGCGCGGGUGGUCUGGCCCGGGUCGGUCCCAGCUGUCACUCCGCAGAGCGGCGGAGACCAGGCGGCGUCAUGGCGUCCGAGCAGGUCGGUUGUUUGUGGGUAAGUCUCGGAGCGAGGGGUCACGCGCUCUCCUGUGCGCUGCAGGUGGUGUUCCAGCAGGGGACGACCACGCUGAGCGUGGACAAGGACAAGACCUCCAUCACCAGUGACGUCGGCAUGUCCUUCGUGGACCCGCGCAGCCACAGCACCUUCUUCAGCACCGACUUCGACAACCACGAGUUCCACCUGCCCAAGGGCGUGAAGGUCCUGAGCGUCCGGAAGGCGUCCACGGAGAGGAUCACCAGCAACGCCUCCAGCGACCUCACCAUCAGGGUGGACGGCAAGGCCAUCGUGCGCGGGAACGAGGGCGUCUUCAUCAUGGGCAAGACCGUGGAGUUCCGGAUGGGAGGAGACAUCGAGCUGAAGGCGGAGAACAGCAUCGUGCUCAACGGCUCGGUCAUGGUCAGCCCCUCCCGGAUCCCCAACUCCUCGGCCAGCGGGGAGCUGCUGUUCGACGAGGGCCUGGAGCGCUACAAGCUGUGCAUGUGUGCGGACGGGACGCUGUUCCGGGUCCAGGUGAAGAACCAGAACAUGGGCUGCCAGACCUCCGACAACCCGUGCGGGGCGGCUCACUGAGGCCCCGCAGUCUCGGGGCAGAAUAUCCGGGCCUUGGAGACAGGGGCAAGGACAGCUGGAAGGCUUUCACUGGCGCACUGUCGCCCGCAGUCCGGCCUGGGCACCCGCUGACAGGCCAGGCUCUCACUUCCGAAUCUCCGGCGCGUGGCAUUCCGAACCCAGCCCUCCGCGUGUUCCCCGACUCUCAGAAUUAUUUUUUCGGGCUUUUGCGUCCUGCAGGAACGGUGUGCAGCGUCCGGGACAGAGCCGUUGGGGCUUGUCCAAAAGCUGAGAACAGAACCUCAAAUUCGUUGAUUCAUUUUCAGCCGUUUCUGACGUUUCUGUUGAAAUCUCAGUUGUAUGACAAAACUGCGUGUUGUGACGUACGCAGAAUGAACCUGAAGCAUGAUGGCGCAUGCAGAUCUCGGGAGAGAGAGCCCCCGCUGUCAGCGCUUCCAGCAGGCCUGUGACCGAGAGUGUGCUCCUCCCUCUGCACCUGGCCCUUCUGCUCGCUUGCUUCUGCGCCACCAAAGACACCGCAGUUACUGCUCUGUAUUUCCACCUUCCAACGCCUCUUCUUUUUCUUUCCUGCCCGGUGUACUCCCGGGAAGUGCAUGCGGCUGUGUGUAUGUGACAAACAGCUGGAGCGCCGCUGCGUGCUGUGAGUGCCGUCCUUGGCGUGGAGACGUGUGUGAUGACCUCGGCAAGCCCGUGGCUCUUGGGGCGGCCAGGCAGGUCUCGUGGACCUCCUUCUCCCGGCUCAACCUAGUAAGCAACACGCAGGGACAGACUGGUGCCAUCGCCGUCUUGUUCAUCCCAUUAAUGUUGCGUGUGGGUGUGGGGGUUCUUUAAAGCCGGAGACCCACGGCAGGGGGCAGCUGUGGGGGGAGUCUGCGUGGCGAUCUGUCCUCGGAGGUGGGCUGUCCUGGACAGAUGCCGCACGGGAGCCCAAGAGCCUCGAUUUUAAUGUGCAUCGUUCUGUGGAGCGUUGGGGGGCCGGUGGAAAAGGUGGUCCAGUUGUUCCCAGAGAUAAGUCCCUGAAGUGAAACGUCCGUGCCUCGACGCUGCCCUGUUGAAGAUCCUUGGAGAGCGUGCGGAUGAGAGAAAGGGAUGGAGCUUCGCUCUCGUCAGCAUGUUACUGAGCUCUGGCGUUUCCUGUCUCUCGCUCUCCAGAUGUGCCCCCGGCUUACAGCUGCCUAGCUUUCACACCUGCCUGUGAGUGUCCUUCCAGCUGUGCUUAAACCGUGCCAAAAGGGUUUGAUUUAAAUUGUUCCAAUGAAGGUGCUUUCAACCCGUCCAUUAUAUACCUAUUUUAUUUUUUUUAAAUGUACAUAUGCACCAAUUUAAAAACUGUAGAAGUCAGCUGAUUUGUUUUCAGUGAGACAAUAAUGACAUGAACUAAGGUGUUCAUUGACAUGAGAACUGUAAAUUUGGUAUUAUGAAAAACCGGUGCCUGAUACGUUGUGUAAUAUAACCCUUUUCUUCCUUCUUUAUUUCCAAGACCAUUUGUGUUUCAGAAUUUAUUUUGACUGUUACACUGUUCAUUUUUUAACAUCAGUGCAUUCAUUAGGGUGUUCAAAGGCGAUGAACCUGUUGCUGCCGGGACAGUAAUCCCAGAGCAGGCUAGUGUCCUUCUCCUUUCUGAGGAGCGCGUGAUUCCUGGGAGUGUGGCUGGCUCUGGAGUCCUGGGCCCUGGUGCUCAGAGGUCUCUCGGGAUCGGUUCGGACACAGAAGCAGAGACAGCACGGUUACUUUCUCCUCUCCCAGUCUCCCAACACAGUUACAUCGAGGACUUCCAUCCAGUUUCAAGAUAGAAUUCCAUGUAACUCAAAUCCCGAAAAGAUGCAAAUGAUUAACCAGAUUGCAUUAAUAAAUGAAAGUGCUUUGUGUGAAUUG